CUUUAACCCAGCAUGAUAGAAACAUACAGCCAGCCUUCUCCCCGAUCCGUGACUACUGGGCUGCCCAUGAGCAUGAAAAUUUUUAUGUAUUUACUUACUGUUUUUCUCAUCACCCAGAUGAUUGGGUCGGUGCUUUAUGCUGUGUAUCUUCAUAGAAGAUUGGAUAAGGUAGAAGAGGAAGCAAGCCUUCGUGAAGAUUUUGUAUUUAUAAAAAAGCUACAGAGAUGCAUGAAAGGAGAAGAAUCCUUAUCCUUGCUGAACUGUGAGGAGGUGAGAAGGCGAUAUGAAAACCCUGUCAAGGAUAUAAUGUUAAACAAAGAAGAGAAAAAAGAAAACGUCUAUGAAAUGCAAAAAGGUGAUGAGGAUCCUCAAAUUGCAGUACAUGUUGUAAGUGAGGCCAACAGUAAAACAGCAUCUGUUCUACAUUGGGCCAAGAAAGGAUAUUAUACCAUGAAAAACAACUUGGUAACGCUCGAAAAUGGGAAACAGCUGACCAUUAAAAGACAAGGACUCUAUUAUGUCUACACCCAAGUCACCUUCUGCUCUAAUCAGGAACCAUCGAGUAAAGAUCCAUUUUUAGUCAGCCUCUGUCUGAAGUCCACCAGUGGAUCGGAGAGAAUCUUACUCAGGGCGGCAAAUACCCACAGUUCCUCCAAGCCCUGCGGCCAACAGUCCGUUCACUUGGGAGGAGUAUUUGAAUUACAAGAAGAUUCUUCUUUGUUUGUCAACGUGACUGAUGCAAGCCAAGUGAUCCACGGAAUCGGCUUCACAUCUUUCGGCUUGCUCAGACUCUGAACAGUGUGCCGCCCUAGGCUGCAGCAAGGCUGCUGCUGGCCGUCUUCCCUAUAGAGCCCAUCAGUUAGGACCCGCCCCCUGUUGA